GCAUCGGCCGAGGGGAUCUGAGCGGCUCCGGCGGGGACCCGGAGCCAGAGGUCCGCCGCGCGCCCGGCCGGCCGGGAGCCAGGGAGCGUCGCAAGUUUCCGAGGCGCGUGCGAGGACCGGGCGCCCGCGAGCGAGCGAGCGAAGCCAGCGUGCGGCGCCUCGGGCCGGGCUGGGAGCCGAGAGCAUGGGCAGCGACGGGAGCGUGGCCGGACGGCCGGGCCGGACGGGUGGUCCCCUCGGCGACCGGGAGGCAGCGGCGCGGCCGCGACUGCUGCCGCUGCUCCUCGUGUUUCUGGGUUGCCUGGGCCGCGGCGUAGCGGCCGAGGACGCAGAAGUCCACGCCGAGAACUGGCUGCGGCUCUAUGGCUACCUGCCCCAGCCCAGCCGCCACAUGUCCACCAUGCGCUCCGCCCAGAUCUUGGCCUCAGCCCUCGCGGAGAUGCAGCGCUUCUACGGGAUCCCCGUCACGGGCGUGCUCGAUGAAGAGACCAAGGCGUGGAUGAAGCGGCCCCGCUGUGGGGUGCCAGACCAGUUCGGGGUGCGCGUGAAAGCCAAUCUGCGGCGGCGGCGGAAGCGCUACGCCCUCACCGGGAGGAAGUGGAGCAACCACCAUCUGACCUUCAGCAUCCAGAACUACACAGAGAAGCUAGGCUGGUACCACUCCAUGGAGGCGGUGCGCAGGGCCUUCCGCGUGUGGGAGCAGGCCACGCCCCUGCUCUUCCAGGAGGUGCCCUACGAGGACAUCCGGCUGCGGCGGCAGAAGGAGGCCGACAUCAUGGUACUCUUUGCCUCUGGCUUCCACGGCGACAGCUCGCCGUUUGACGGCACGGGUGGCUUUCUGGCUCACGCCUACUUCCCUGGCCCCGGCUUGGGCGGGGACACCCAUUUUGACGCAGAUGAGCCCUGGACCUUCUCCAGCACUGACCUGCAUGGGAACAGCCUCUUCCUGGUGGCAGUACAUGAGCUGGGCCAUGCACUGGGGCUGGAGCACUCCAGCAACCCCAGCGCCAUCAUGGCGCCAUUCUACCAGUGGAUGGACACCGACAACUUCCACCUGCCCGAGGACGACCUCCGGGGCAUCCAGCAGCUCUACGGCACCCCAGACGGUCAGCCGCAGCCCACCCGGCCUCUCCCCACCGUGACACCCCGGCGGCCGGGCCGGCCAGACCACCGGCCCCCCCGGCCGCCCCAGCCACCACCCCCAGGCGGGAAGCCAGAGCGGCCCCCAAAGCCGGGCCCCCCAGCCCAGCCCCGAGCCACAGAGCGGCCCGACCAGUACGGCCCCAACAUCUGCGAUGGGAACUUUGACACAGUGGCCGUGCUUCGCGGGGAGAUGUUCGUGUUCAAGGGCCGCUGGUUCUGGCGAGUCCGGCACAACCGCGUCCUGGACAACUAUCCCAUGCCCAUCGGGCACUUCUGGCGUGGUCUGCCCGGGGACAUCAGUGCUGCCUAUGAGCGCCAGGAUGGUCGUUUUGUCUUUUUCAAAGGUGACCGCUACUGGCUCUUCCGAGAAGCGAACCUGGAGCCCGGCUACCCCCAGCCACUGACCAGCUACGGCCUGGACAUCCCCUACGACCGCAUCGACACGGCCAUCUGGUGGGAGCCCACGGGUCACACCUUCUUCUUCCAAGAGGACAGGUACUGGCGCUACAACGAGGAGACGCAGCGUGGAGACCCUGGCUAUCCCAAGCCCAUCAGUGUCUGGCAGGGGGUCCCUGCCUCCCCCCGAGGGGCCUUCCUGAGCAACGACGCAGCCUACACCUACUUCUACAAGGGCACCAAAUACUGGAAAUUCGACAACGAGCGCCUACGGAUGGAGCCCGGCUACCCCAAGUCCAUCCUGCGGGACUUCAUGGGCUGCCAGGAGCACGUGGAGCCAGGCUCCCGCUGGCCCGACGUGGCCCGUCCACCCUUCAACCCCGACGGGGGUGCGGAGCCCGGGGCGGACGGUGACAGCGCCGAGGGCGAUGCAGGCGGCGAGGGGGACUUUGGGGUGGGGGCGGACGGGGACAAGGACGGGGGCAGCCGCGUGGUGGUGCAGCUGGAGGAGGUGGCGCGGACGGUGAACGUGGUGAUGGUGCUGGUGCCCCUGCUGCUGCUGCUCUGCGUGCUGGGCCUGACCUACGCCCUGGCGCACCUGCAGCGCAAGGGCGCGCCCCGCGUGCUGCUCCACUGCAAGCGCUCCCUGCAGGAGUGGGUCUGACGGCCCCCCCAGCCCUCCUGUCCUCACGGUGCUGGGGGCCUGUGGCUCCGAGAUGGCUCCAGGGCCUCCUUCCGCCCCUGGGUGGGGACCCCUCCGAGCCCUCAAACAUCCGGUGGUCCUGCCCUCCUUAUUUAUGCCCAGGUUUUUGUUUUUUUGUUUUUGGCACCUUAAGUGAGCAUUUGUUUCUGCCGUCCUGACCAGGGCAGGGUGUUUAGAGUUUUCUAAAUGCAGUUCUGCUCCAGACAGGGAAUUAGGCCCUCGUCCACCCCUGGCUUGGCCACGGCCAGGGGAGCACAGGGGCAGAGGCCUGCAUUGGAGCACGGUCUGCCUCAGCCUGAGCCCCAGGGCCAGCACCGGGACUCUGUUUGCCAGGUGGGAGACUGGUCAGCCCCGCUGGGUCCCGUCCCCCCUGAGUCUGGCCUUGGGAAGAGCUUUUCGCCCAGGGGAAGCCCCAAGGUGACGGGGAGGGGCCCGGGAGGUGGGCCACUGGCCCCUGAGUCGAGUUGAGGCUUGGUUCCUCCCUGGUGCCCUCUGACAGCUCCAGCAACCCUGAGGACCCGCCCCGGCCCAGACAGCCCCCAGCUCCCAUGUGCCCCUUGGGCCCACGUCUCCUUCCCUCCCUGGAGAAGGCCCCGGGCCUGCCUUACCGAGGACCAAAGGGAGUCUGCCAGGGCCCCUCCCCCAAGGGUAGUACUGGCCUCACCGCAGCACAGACCAGGUGUGGGGUCUUCCCUCCAGCUCCCUGUCCCCCAAGGGACUUAGAAGACAGACACUGAUGGGGACAGGCCAGCAGCGCCCCCCAACCCCUCAUGCAGACUGUGGAACCCCCAAAGGAGCCCAUCGUGGCCAAGAGGCUCCCCUCCUGCUGGGCUCAGCCCCGAGGGCGGGGAUACUUCCUUCCCGUUUUCCCUCCCAGACCAGGCAGGAGGCCGAGGCUGGUGGGAAAUGGUACUGUAGGCCGGCUCUCUCCUCCGCCCCCCACAGCCUGGGCAAGAGGGGUACGACCCAGAUCCCUGGGGGGCAGGGGGUUCUGCCGGCCUCUCUCCAAGUGGUGGCUUCUCAUGGCCGGCACGGACGUGGGUCCCCCACCUCCCCCCACCUCUGCAGAACGGGAGAGCCAGCCGAGGGGUGGGCGUGGGGGCCCAGCGUCCACCCACAUACAUGUAUGUCUGUAAAUAAUCUACACUGAUUAAAGUGUACAGCCGGC